AUGGACUUUCUCGGCUGCGUCACGCGCGGCCUGGAGGGAAUUCGUGCGGGUACUGGAAGCUCACGGUCUACGUCCGUUGCCAAGUUGCAGUUUGAUGUCAUCUCGGAUGCGAGCGCAUCUGCCUGCAGUAGCGCUCUUGCGGACGGCCAGUUUACACUUAGCGAGGGGUUGUCGUGGUUGAACAAAAGCGCGGGAACAACCGAUGUAGGCGAGAACGAAGUGCGGUUUCUCUAUCCCACUGAUUCUCGGCGACCGAAAACUGUUGAAGCACACUCACAACCUUCGCACCCUGACGAAUUGCGCCUCGUGGAUCCUCCCCCCGAGGUGAAGAUGGAAUAUCAAGAAAUUUGGCAGCACUUUGAAGAUUCGCUCAGGAAAAGCUACGAUCUUGCUCACGGCGAGGGAGAUGGAAUAGGCACGUUACAGCUCGCGACAGGUGACGAAGGUGAAUUGGUGUGCCAGCUGCGCGAGCACGGAAAGCGCACCUCUGCAGUGCUGUCAGGGUUGAGGAACACGAUUCGAAGCAUGACUGAAGACGCGUCGCCCGCAGGUGCGCGAAUUUCCGCUGUCGGUUUGACGCUGAACUUGACGCCCGCAAAGAUCAUCCGGUGGCUGCUCAAGGUCCAGCUUGAUGCGAUAUCAGGGAACAAUCUACAACGGGACCAGCAUGCGCUUGCUAAAAUACUAG